CCAUCAUGAGUAGAAAGAAGGACUUGGUGGAUGAUCAUAGUGACAAACUUCACAGAAAAAUGAAAGCUAUAAGGCAAUGUCUUAAGGUACUAGAAGAGGACUUUACAGAACCAUAUCAGAAAAACAGCGAUUCUUACCAUGCGUUAAAAGCUAUGAAUGUGAAAGCGAUGUGUGAUGAUGUGAAGGAUGAAGACACUGAUUUUUUUGGUUUCUCUUCUACAGAAACCAAAACUGAUUUUAAACUUGGACUGUGCAGUGGCAACUCACAAAGGCUAGCAAGGCCCUUCAGUCACAAUACUGAGGAGGAAAAUGUUCAGCACCCAGUUUCUUUAGGUGGUAGGGUGAAGGAUAAACCAGCUGUAGCUCUAUCAGCAGACAUGGACAGCAAAACUAUGGAAGAUAUUGAUACAGCUUUGUACACAGCUGUGUGUAAUCUCAGCCACUUAUAUGAAGCAGAUGAGAUGCUGAAAUACUUGGAAUUGAAAAUGAAGCAGGAAGGAGACAAAGUUGUAGAAACUGCAGAUAGAAUAUUUGAUGAACUUACUACUCUCCUCUCAAGCAAAAGGAAACUGUGUGCAGAAUUAGUGAAGAGCAUCAACAACUACAGUGCUGGUAUUGCAAAAGCUAAGGAAAUCAUUGAAGAGAAGAAGAAGUGCUUGAUUGGUGCCAUUGGGAUUGCAAAUGAAUUAAUAAUUACACCUUCUCUAAGAAACUGUUGUGAUCUUGCUCAGGUUAUUUAUAAUUUAAAGUUGCCAGUUGAGGCUGAGCUCUCAAGAGUGAAUAGUUUGAUGGAAGAAUUAUCUUCAAGAUGUUUUCCCAAAUGCAAUGAAGAUAAUGGACAACACGCUCUUACCCUUGAUGACAAAGAAGAAAUGCCGGGCUGCAGUACUCAAUCAUCUGUGGUGAAUAUGUUUCCAGCACUUAGCAGAGAGAGUAAAGUAAAGGCUCUUGCAAAUAAACUCUGUGUUCACGAAGAAGUGAAAAACGCUCAAGUACAUGAAACAUUUCCUAUGAUACAUACCCAGAGUAUUCCUGCUCUACCCAAGUCUACAUCCAGCCCUGAUGUCAUAAUAGAAGAAAUAUUUGAAGAUGACCUGAAAAGUUUGCCAGAACUAGUGUUUGUAAGCCAUGUUAUAGAUCCAUGCCACUUCUAUAUUCGGAGACACUCACAGAAGAAAGCAGCAGGGGUUUUGGAGGAGAAAUUGACAAACUUCUGUUGUAAUAAGAGUUCAUAUCUCUUGCCUUCAGAUGUUUUGGAACUAGGUGCUAGAAUUUUUAUUAAGAGGGAGGAAAAUGGAAUGUGGUGCCGUGGAACUAUCACUGAACUAAUUCCCCUAAAAAGUAAAAAUGAGAGGAAACCUUGUGGUCCGAUAAGAUACAGAGUUUGUGAUACUGCACUGCUAGAAGUAUUCCUGAUUGAUUUUGGGAGCUCUGUAGUUAUAAUUUUCUCAGGGUAUGUUCUUGCUGAAAGGCCUGAACCUUCUGCUCUGCAGACUGUUGAAACAGAUGACAUUUCUUUGUUUGUAAGGAAGCCUGAUCAGCAUAUUGAGGCAGAACUUGCAGCUGUUCCUCCUUUAGCAGUACGGUGUUCAUUGAAGGAUAUUGUUCCCAAAAAUGCAAGUGAAGGUUGGGGAGAGGAAGCAAAGACAACAUUUUUACAAAUGGUAAAUAAUAAAGUUGUUUCAAUGGCCAUAUUUAGAGAAGAGAAUGGUGUUCUGAUUGUGGAUUUGAAGAAACCUCCAUUUAAUAAAGCAAAUGAUAACAUGCCAGUGUCUGUCAAGGAUGCAUUAGUUUAUUUAGACUUGGCAAGGUUUAGAUUGCAGCUUCCCAAUCAGCUAGAAAAUAAUACCAUCUUGCGGUAUAGUCCACCUAAGAUUCCACAAGAAAGAGAAGAAGUCUCUGUCACAAUUUGUCACAUUAAUAGUCCAAGUGAUUUCUAUCUGCAGUUGAGAGAUAGCCUGGAUUUUUCAGCUCUUGCAAAGAAAAUUCAGGAGGUAUAUCAACAUGAGUAUGGGAAAAACUUGGAAGUUGUCUGCCCAGUUGAAGGUCAAGCCUGUAUUGCAAAACAGAAAGAUGGGAAUUGGUACAGAGCACAGAUUAUAGGGCUGCCAAGUUGUCAAGAAGUUACGGUAAAAUAUGUUGACUUUGGCAACAUUGCUAACUUAACUCUUAAAGACAUAUGCAAAGUAGAAAAGGAGUUUUUGAGCUCUCCAGAAAAGGCAAUAAGGUGCAGGCUGGCUUACAUUGAGCCUUAUAAAGGGGCAAGUGAGUGGAACAGAGAAGCCAAGGAAAGAUUUGAAGAAAUGACUGAAGAAAAACUUAUGUUCUGUUCAAUUGUUGAAAUUUUAGAUGGUAACAUCUUAUCUAUUGAACUCUUUAAAUCCUGUGGUGGUCAUGGAAGAAGCCUCACUAUUAACAGCCAGCUAGUUAAAGAAGACCUAGCAUCCUACUUACCUGGGUACAAUGAAAGUAAUGCUGUAAGGCCCAGUGAAAUAUGGGAUGUUUCUCUAGAAGAAAUUCCUGAAACCUUGGAAGCUUUAAAUCUGUCAGACAUGGAAUCUGUGGAUGAAGGAGAUUUCAAAUCAAUUUCUGAGAAAGAGCUCCAAGUGAGAAUUAGUCAUGUUGUGUCUCCUAGUAAAAUUUUUAUGCAAUGGAUGUCAUCAGAAAGUAUCCUGAAAAGUUUACAGGAGAAGAUGGCUAUCGUCUACAAAGAAUCCCAGCCACAGUCCGUGAAGUGGGAAAGUAGUAUGCACUGUGCUGUUUACAUACAGGAUUUGAAACAGUGGCAAAGAGGUCAAAUAGGCAGCAUUGUCUCCGAAACAAGUAUAAAGGUAUUACUUUAUGAUUUUGGAGUUGAAAAAACAGUGGAUAUCAGCUGUCUAAGAACACUUAAGGAAGAUAUGAAGAUAAUUAAGACAUUAGCAGUAGAGUGUUCCUUGGUAGAUAUAAGACCAACAGGUGGAAGCAUGCAGUGGACAGCAACAGCCUGUGAAUAUUUAUCCCAUUACCUAAUAGGGACACAAGUAAAAAUAAUCAUACAGGAAAGUGAUGUGGCUCAUGCAUUGCCUGUGAAAAUGCUUUGCAAAGAUGAAACAGGACAAAUGAUUGAUAUUUCAGAACAUCUUAUUAAAAAGGGUUUGGCUUUUAGAAACAAAAGAACUGUUGAAGCUGAUGUGGCUUGCUCAGUCUCCAAGGAACAUCUUGAACAUUUUGAGCAAGAGAACACACAACUGGAUGGUUAUAAUUCUGAAACUGCAUGUGCAAGAAACAGUGCUGCUCCAGAGGAAAAUGUGACUGUUUCAGAGAGUGAACAAACAUCAUGCAAAAUAUAUAAGCCACUACUUCAUUCAGGAACAGAUGAAAUAUAUAAAUCCCCCAUUAUGCCCGAAGUGAAAAUUUUUCAAGCUGUAGUAAGUUGCAUUGGAUAUGAUGGGACUAUCUAUAUAAUACCGAAAUCACUUGAAAUGGCAUUAGAGAAAUUGAUGACCGAAAUACAAAAUGACUUCAAAUGCCUUGGUCUUCUGGAGCCCUACUGCUGGAAGAAGGGACAAGCUUGUGUUGUAAGAGGAUCAGAUACCAGGUGGUAUCGAGGUAAAGUUGUAGAACUUGGUGGUGAUACUCUUGAGGUACAAUACAUAGACCGUGGUUGCACAGAGAGGAUUCCUCAGUGUCAUCUGUAUCCAACUACAUUGUAUACUGGUAUUCCUCCAUUUUGCAUACCCUGUCAGCUCUACAAGACAGUACCAAUGGGAGAUUUUUGGCAGCAGGAUGCAAUAGUUUGCCUUCAAGAUAUACUUGUUAAUGAAGAGGUUGAAAUACAUGUUCAGGAAUUGCCAGAUAACCCAUGGGGCAAAUUGUCUGUCAAGCUGUAUUUUGGUGGAGUCUCACUUUCUUCUUUCAUGGCAUGCCAGAAGUACUGUGUUGCUGAAGAUUGUGAGGACACACUGAAGCUGGAGCUACUUGAAGGACACGUUCCUGGUUUGCCUUCAUACAUGUUGCCAUCGCUGCCUGUUUCAGGAGAGACCUUUACUGUCAGAGUUACCCAUUUGGUGUCCCCUAAGGAGGUAUACAUUUGCCUUGGUGCUUCUAAGAACCUUAUGAAGCAGGCUGCCACAGAAGGAGAUACCAGCUGUGACUCAGAGAGUCUUGAUAAAGCCCUGAAGUGGUGCAAUAAAAGUGUAGGGUCUCUUCCUCCUCUAACUUACUUCCAGAGAGGAAUGCCUUGCCUUGUAGAAUACCAGGAUGGUUUAUGGUAUAGAGCAAAGAUCCUUUCUGUUGAAGAAUCUGACCCUGUUAAUAUCCUGGUUCAGUUUGUGGACUAUGGUAGUUUCUUAGUUGUCCCAAGAAGCAGAUUGCGUCACAUACCAACUUACCUGCUGAAAUAUCCCAUUCAGGCAGUACGAGUUCUGUUGGCUGGAUUUAAACCUGCUUUAUAUGACAAAAACGUGAAAAGAAUUCCUUAUGCUCCAGAAUGGAGUAUGGAAGCAUUGUGGGCUAUGAUGGAGCAUGUUGAAGGAAAACAGCUCUCUGCUUACAUACUUGCUGUUUCACCAGAGGUCACCAUUUCUUUGUAUGAUGAUGAAAAUCUAGUUCAUAUGAAACUGAUAGAAGUGGGACUUGCAGAUUUGGAUGAGUGACGUGAAUAUGAACUGCAAAUUCGUACCAUUGCAAAGCAUUUGAUCUCAAUGUCCAAUGCCAGUUGUUCUCAGACAGAUUCAUUAUAUCACAUGGAUGUCCAUACGUCUAGUCAAACAUGGAAUAUUUUGAAUGAAAAGCGUUACAGUGUGUGUUGUCUAGAGUACUGGAGACUUGGAUUUUCAGAUUUCCUGGCCAGCACUACAUUGUGUUUUCUCUCCCAUUUAAUAAGGACUCUUCUAAUUGAUGUUAGAUAAUGUUCUCAACACUUGUGAAUCUUGAAAUAGUGAAACUGUUUAUUCACAUCUCAGUCUUUUGACCUUAGAACCUUAAGUAUUGUUCUGUGAUAUCCUUUCCUAAGAGUAGAUGGAAUGAAGGUAUAAUAGUAAAGAAAUAGAUAAAGCACAGAUGUUGGGCACAUUUGAUCUCGUAUCUUGUUUAGUAGACUUGGAGGGAAGAUGAUAGUUUAUUAUUGGGAUGUAACUCUUGUUGAUGUUUCAGGCAUAUUUGGUGACAGACUUCUCCAGUACUAGAGUCUGGAAUCGGGAAUGAACAGUUAGGGGUAGGGGAGAGUUACUAUCUUUGUUCUGGAACAUGUUUGCAUUACUGCUCUGUUCUGUUUUCAGUCAUGAUGAGAUGGAUGUGUUUUGGGUGUCCUUGCACUUCCUUCCGACUCCUGGAGCUGCAGUGUUCAUUUGAAAGUGUUGGAAUAAACAGGUUUUUG